AUGGCUGAUGUUUCACCACAUCUACCGUUCUUCGGGCCUUUGUAAGUUCAUAUUUAUUUUUGAUGACUUAUUUCAUCUCAAAAAUUACGACAUAAUUUUAGGGCGCCUCCCCCAGUGAUUCCGCUGAUUGCAGCCCCUAGGGCCGAACUCAAAGACAAAUUGAAGAGUAGUUACAGCGAGUCCAAAGCUCAAAAAUAUCAUAUUCGAAAGCUCCUGGAGAGAGACCGGUCGAUGGCGUUCGAUUGCCAAGUCCUCAACGCUCUUCAUGAACGGGAAAGGGAGAUGAGGGUAAGUUUCAUACAUACAUUUUAUAUCAUGGAGUAUCGAAAAACACGGCCAAAAAUAAUUUUUUAAAGUUUUAAGUGUAUUUUUUCACACCUCUGAAAGCCAAUUGUAAUAUAAAAGUGGGACUUUCAGUGUGCCAAGGAGUUCAUGCGGAAGGAGAGGAAGUUGAAUGGAGAGAGGCUGAACUUCCUUCUGGCGAACGGCGACGUCAAGAAGUCGGCUACCGAAGUAGAGUCGUUGGUUCGUCGUUUCCGGUUGCCAUCGCUCAACAAAUUCAUCGUGAGUCUCUUGUUUUUGUUGAUGGAACUAAAAUUUUUGACCUCAUGCCGUUUUUUCAAAAUUUUUAUUUCUUUCCUUGCUACUAGAAAGUUUUUAAAAAUGUACAAUUAGACCAUUCGUAUGACAUUACAAUGCAAUUUUCAGCUUCCCUCACCCCAUCAAGUCGACCCCUUACAAUUAUUUACCCUCCAAGAUUCCCUGAUGCAUUUUUGUCCGCGAUCCCAGCUCAAUUCCUGCCCCGAAUAUUCGAUCGAACAGUUCCGGCACUUCUGUGAUAAGACUAAAUAUAACCAAGAUUGA